UUUAAACUGUUUUCUGUUGGUUGUUGAGUUCGAGUCUCUAUUUUAUUAGGUAACAUCAAAACCAAUUUGGUGAAUCAAUUCAAUCAAUCAAAGGAUGUUCAUUACAAAUUGAAUCUUGUUAGUAAAUCUUGAAAAUCCAAACAACAACAAGACAAACACUUAUUUCAAACCAUAAUUGUCGUAAUCAUAAACAUAAUUAACUCAUCAACUCUUACUUAUUGUUACAACAUCUACAAUUUUCAUUGACUAUUGAUUGUAAACCAAUUAAAUUGUGCAAAAAAAGUUCAUUUUCUUAAUCUGUGAUAACCUUUUAAUUGCUACAACCAAAUUGAUUUAAAGUUAUAUUCAACCUGUUGAUUUAUUAUCACCAAAAAAUUUGUAUUAUUAAUCAGCUUAACAAAAUGUUCCAAUAAGGAUUAAAUCAAUAAGGAAUUAAUUAAUCAUGUCUUAUUCCCGUUCAUCUUAUCGGGCAUCAUCAUCGUCCUAUCGGUUCUCAAGUGAAGGAGGUGCUGCUGGUGGAGAUGAAGGUUUCACGAGUUCUUAUAAGUCAACAUCACGAACUGGAACAGGAACUGGAUCACGUUUAUCGCGUUUAGAUUCAGAUGAUAUCGGUCUUUCAACGACUCGACGAAAUACUCGUCCUAGAGAGGAGUCCUUUGAAUCGACAUCUUCUUCUCGAGUUUCUGGUCGUUUAUAUGAUCGGAAAGACUCUGAUGAUGAUUUUUCAACGUCAAAACGAAUUGCAAGUCGUACAGCAAGUCGCACAGAAGAUUCUGGUUCAUAUUCUCGGAAAUACUCUCGUGGAUUAAGUGCUGAUCUUGAUUCUUCAACAGGAGUUGAUUCUUAUUUAAGCACAAGAAAAACUUCACGAUCUCAUGGACUAGACGAUAGUUCAAAUGAUUAUCUGAUCAGUAAGAAAACAUCUCGCGAUUAUGGAGAAGAAAGCUCAAGUACAACGCGAAAAUAUUCAGGUCGAAUCUAUGCAGCUUUGGAAGAUGACCUGGACACGAGUGGCAGUGGAAUUGCAUCCACAAUUAGAUCAUCAAGAAUAACAUCAAAAUUAACUGAAGACGAAAACUAUGGCCUAAGUGCAACAACCAAACGAGGUCUGAGUCGUUUGGGAUCUACAGAGGACGACGGAUUAGCCAUCGGCAGCGGAGGUCUAACGGCAAGUGGACGUUACAAGCGGUCAGAAAGUCAAGAAUCAUCUCUACUUUAUCGUCAAUCAUCUAAUGUUUCCGAUGAAGGAAGUUUCAAAUCGAGUAACCGGAAACGAUCUCUUGACAGAGUAGAUUCAUAUAAGUCAUACAAAGCAUCAGCUCUCGAUGAAGAUCGGCCAGUAUCACCAAGUUUUCGAUUAAAAUCCCGAUCAUCGACAAUAAAUGAGGAAAACAUCUAUGUCGCUGUAUUGGAUUACAGUCCACCCAAAUCAGCUCAAGAUGAAAUUGAACUGAAAGAAGGCCAAGAAGUUAUCGUUUUAAAUAAAGAUAAACCCCACAAAUGGAAAGUUCAAACUCGCCCAUGUAAACAGAAUCGUAUCUCCGAGGAAGGUUUUGUUCCAUCAUGUUAUCUGGAACAGAAGACACCCUAUGACCCAAGUCACCCUGUAGCCGAAGAUGAGCCCGAAGAGAUUGAUCCAAAAAUUGAAGAAGCUAAAAAGAGACGAAAAAAUGUACUCAAAGAAUUGGUUGAAACGGAAGAAGAUUUCAAUCGGGAUAUGCAGUUCAUUGCGAACACGUACUUGAAGCACAUGGACAGUUCAAUUAUGCCGAAAGAGUUGCGAGAUCAAAAGGUUCCUCUAUUCGGAUGUUUUAAAGAAAUCGCCGAUUUCCACAACGAUGUUCUCAUGAAGGGAGUUCAAUAUUACGCUGCUGAAGAUCCAUCCAAAGUUGGAAAUACUUUCCUAAGACUAGAAAGAGAUUUCGAUAAACAUGUUCGAUAUUGUCACGAUUUACCACAAGCUCAAAAAUUACUCGAAUCAGGUCCACUUAAGGAUUAUUUCGAUAACUACAGUAGUAAGAUCAAAGAUGACAAAAGUCUUGCUGAUCACCUCAAGUUACCUGUUCAGCGGAUCAAUGAUUACCAAUUAUUGCUCAAGGAGCUCAUCAAAUACUCAAAUAGAUUAGGUGAAGACAGUGGUGACCUUUGCAAAGCCCUUGAACUGAUGCGAGUGAUACCCCAACGUGCCACUGAUCUUCAAUUCAUCAACAACAUGAUAGGUUACAAAGGGAAUCUUCAUAAAUCUGGUCGUCUCCUGAAACAUGUAUUACGAGCAAAAGACUGGUUUCAAGUUAUUCAGGAUGAAAGUUCUGAACCAGUUGAACGAUAUGUUUUCUUAUUUACUCGACAGUUAAUUACGACUGAUGUUGUCAAUUUAGCUAAAGACCGUCAAGGAUAUGUAAUUAAGACAAUUACAAAGUUGGAGGAUGUCAACUUUGAAGAUGUUGACGAUCUCACAAUCAAUGUCCAGCACAAAGAACCAGGGGUCAAAGGAUUUCCAUUUAAACUUCAAGCCAAGACAGCGGAGAUAAUCAAGUCAUGGAAACAAGAAAUUCAAGAUGUCCGAAAAUUAGCAAUUGAAGAACUCGCUGAUAUUCCUGAUCCUGAAAUAAGCGACGAUGGUACUGAUUGUCUUAAAUUAGAUGAUAUCAGCAAAGGUAUUACUCCUGAACCAUUAAGUGAAGAUUUAACUCUGCAACAAUUAAGUGGAUCUCAAGUGACAAGUGAUAUCGAUACUAAAGUUGGCCUUGCCGAAGAUUUAGCGACAAACGAUGGAAGCAACACUGUUAUGACAGAAUCUCUUCGAUCUGGUUCAGUCACCGAUAUCGAAGAGUUUAUUUCUGCUUCAGAGGAUGAUGAUUCUUUAUAUUUCUCAGCUUGUGAUCUAGAAGCCAAGCCAGUCUUUCGACAGCCACUCAAGCCCGUUAAUCAACAUGUUGGAGAAAAAGCUGUCCUCGAAUGUCAAGUUAAAUCAGCACUUCCUGUAAAUGUUACCUGGUUGAAAGACAAUGCAAAGUUAAGGGAAUCGGAAAAUGUUCAAUUUAUCACUUCGAGUGACAAGUUUAUCUUGACGAUUGAUGGAAUCACCAAUGACGAUUCUGGUCUUUAUACCGUUAUAGCUUCAAAUGAUAAGGGAAAAACGUCUUCAAGUGCUGCUUUGAAUGUUAAACAAGAUUCAUUGAAACCUGAUUCUAGACCAACUACACCCGGUGGCUCAGUUUUACCUCACCCACCAAAGUUCAAGAUUAAACUCAAGGACACCGAGUUAUUAGAAGGGACAACAGUUCGAUUUGAGAUGAUUGUUCGAGGAUUACCCAUUCCAAAUGUUACAUUUUAUAAAGAUGAUAAGCCCUUAAUUACAGAUGAUCGAGUGAGAAUAAUUUAUGAAAAUAAGGAAAUUUUUGAAUUAUUUAUUGACCAUGUUAAACCUGAAGACGCUGGUGUUUAUAAGGCGAUCGCCAUUAAUACUCACGGUGAAGACUCAACGAGUGGCAAGGUUACAAUUACAAAGCACAAAGAUAUUUUCAAAGGAUUGGAAGAUGAUCAUUUCCUGGGCGAACCAGAAAGUUUGGACAUUUCUCGAGCGGAUUCUAGAAGUUCUAGGCCUCGAACACCCGCUUUUCGAUGGUUUAAAGAUGGGCAAGAAUUCGAGGCUAGUGAAAGGUUUCAAUGUACUUUCGAUGAUGAAGAAGAUACAAUUGCCCUCAUCUUCCAACAUGUUACUCCAGACGACGCUGGACUUUAUACUUGUGUUGCGUCCACUUCGAGUGGUAAAAUUUCCUGUUCGGCUGAACUUUCCGUUCAAGGUGAGGUUCGAAAAUUACUUCGUGAACCUGAAAAACCCGCUGUAAAAGUACCAAUAUCUGACAUUGAAGUGAACGAAGGAGCAUCAGCCAUGUUGGAGGCUAAAAUAACGGGUUACCCGAAGCCUUUGAUCACUUGGUAUAAAGACAACGAGGAGAUCAAAGUCGAUGAAAAGUACAAGUUCUUAUACGAAGAUGAAGAAAGUUAUACAUUAGUGAUUAAAGGAGUUCGACGAGAUGAUGCUUCAAAAUAUCGCUUAAAGGCAUCAAAUGAUUUAGGAGAAGUCGAAACCUCUGGUCAAUUAACAGUUAAUUCUGCUCCCAAAGUUAAGCGGGAAUUGAAAGAUCAAUCGGUGAUGACCGAUGAGCCCAUGACACUUGAUGUUGUCGUUGAAGGGACACCAACACCCACAGCUAAAUGGUUCAAAGAUGGACAACCAGUUAAACUCGAUGAUCGGGUCAAAAUCGUCGAUAAAGAUGAAACUCAUUCAUUGGUCAUUGAUCCCGUUAAGUUGGAAGAUGCUGGUAAUUAUACUUGCAUUGUCUCCAAUUCUUGUGGUCAGCAAACAGGCCAAUCAGUUGUCACAGUUAAUUCUCCACCUAAGUUUCAACUUGGAUUGAAAGAUGUCAGUGCUAAAGAUGGUGAUACCAUUGAAUUCAAGGUGAAAGUCUCAGGUAACCCUGAGCCGGAGGUCGUAUUGAUGAAAGAUGGUAAAAAACUUGACCGUCAGAUCUCAACUGAAAAGGAAGCGGAAGUUUAUCGUUUCAAAAUAAGAUCGACAACGGUGGAAGAUACCGGAAAGUACCAAUGUGUAGCUAAGAAUCAAUAUGGAUCAGAGACAUCAGAAGGUUCGCUGACAAUUGUUACUAAACCAUCGUUCGAUAAACGUUUGGAAGAUAUCGAAUGUAAGGAAGGAGAUACCAAUGUAGACCUUAAGGUGAAAAUCAGUGGAUCACCAAGGCCUAAAGUUCGAUGGUUGUUUGAAGAAGAAGAGAUCAGUCAAUCGUCCAAACGAACCGAAAUAAUCGAAGAAGAAGAUGGUGUUUUCAUCUUACGAAUCAAAGAAGCUUCUCUUGAAACUGCUGGUAAAUACACGAUUGUUGCCGUUAACAGUGAAGGAGAAGUUCGAAGUAGUGGAAUUGUCGAUGUUAAGAAAGACGAAUCUAAACAAUACGAUCAAAGGAAACCAGUUUUCGGGCAAAAACUUCGAGAUCUGGAGGCUUUAGAAACCGAUCUUGAUGUGACUUUCAAAGCUUCAAUCGAAGAGCCCGAUAAAACAAAGAUAACGUCAAUUCGAUGGUAUAUCGAUGAUAUUGAAAUCACAGAAUCUGAUCGUCGAUUUAAAAUAAUGUCCGAUGAUUCUAUCGGAGUAUUCAAACUGGUUGUUCGACGACCAGAUGAAUCGGUUGAAGGAAAAUACAAGUUAAUUGUAGAGAAUCCCUAUGGAUAUGACGAGACAAAUGCUUCAUUCACGAUUAUGAGAGAACCGAAAUUCAUUAAAAAACUUCGAGACAAAGAUAUUGAUGUGAACGAUAAGUUGACAUUAACUGUUAAAGUCGACGGAGUUCCCGAACCAACACUGACCUGGUUCAAAGACGAGCAAGAGAUUACCAAGAUUUCGGAGAAAGUGGUUAUCGGUAAAAUCGACGAUGCUUACAGUUUAACUAUCGAUUCAGCUCAAUCGGUCGAUGAAGGUGUUUACAAAUGUUCAGCCAAAAAUAAAAUCGGCGAAGAUUCCACUUCAGCUCGAAUUACGGUUCUAAGUCCACCUAAUUUUACCAAAGGAUUGACCGACAUCUCCGUUUCGGCUGACCUUGAUCUUACUCUUGAAGUACAAGUUACUGGCGCAGACAAAGUCGAAUGGUACAAAGAUGGCCUUAAAAUAUGUGAGGCCACAUCGGAAGCCGAUGGAAUCACUCAUCGUUUACCUUUGAAAUCAGUUAAAUUAGAUGAUGCUGGUGAUUAUAAAGCUGUCGCUCGAAAUGCUUUUGGUCGAGUCGAUUCUGGAACUGGUCAUCUAACCGUUAAAACAGAAAAUAAAGAAGCACCAAAAUUUGUUGAACCUUUGACUGAUGUCGCAGUCCAAUCGGGAGAGGAUGUUACAUUUACCGUUAAAGUGACCGGAUCACCUACACCCAAAGUGAUCUGGUCAAUCAACGGUAAAGAGGUCACUCCAUCAGAGCACAUUAUUGUUUCAGAUUUAGGUAACAAUACACAUUCAUUGACCGUUAAAGGUUCACAAACAGAUGACCAAGCCAGUUAUUCAGUUUCGGCGGUCAAUGAUUCUGGUAAAGCUCAGGAUGAAGCUAAAUUAACAAUCAAAGUCGCUGCUGAAAAACCAAAGAUCAGCGGGUUAAAGGAUAUUGAAAUCGAAAGAGGAUCAACUGCAUUAAUUGGAUGUACAGUUACUGGGUCUCCAAAACCGGAAGUAGUUUGGAUGAAAGAUGGAGUAAAAUUGUCGACUGGUGAUGAAUUUGAGAUAAUCUCUGAUUCCGAUACUAAACACAGUAUUUAUGUUAAAAAAGCUUCCGAAUCGACUCAAGGAACUUAUAUUGUUAGUGCUAAGAAUAUUGAAGGUUCAAGUGAGGCCGAUGUUAAACUGACCCUGAUUGCUGAACCUCCAAAGUUCAUUAAAAACUUAACUGACUGUUCUGGCUCAUUAGGAUCUGAAUUAACCUUAGAAGCUGAAGUUAAAGGUUUCCCACCGCCGGUUGUUUCUUGGUACAAAAACGGCUCUGAAUUGAUUGAAUCGUCUGAAGCUUUUGUUUCACAAGUUGGUACAUUGAAUAAACUAUCACUUAAAGAUCUCAAAAGUUCUGAUGCUGGUGAAUAUACAUGUAAAGCUGAAAACAAAGCCGGUGAAGCAAAUUCUACAGCUAAGAUUUCGAUUGAGAAGCCAGAAUUAAUCAAAGGAUUGCCCGAUAGUCUAAAUGGUAAACAGGGCGAUGUGUUGAAAUUAGAAGCAAAACUUUCCAAUGAUUCAACAAACGAACCAAUUAAAUGGCUUAAAGAUGGCAAAGAAAUCCCUCAAAACGAUAGACUCAAGACUAAAAUACUUCCUGACGGAACUUUAAUAUUGACCAUUGAAGAUGCUCAACCCGAAGAUUCCGGUGUUUAUCAAGUAGUCGUAGGUAACGAUGGACCAAAUCAAGUAAACUCAUCAAGCAACGUUUCAGUUUCUCCGAAAGAAUUUGUAAAACCAAAUGUAGAGCCCAAAUUCAUCGAGGAUCUUCACGAUGUCUCCGUUAAAGAAGGGUCACCCUUUAAGAUGGAAGCUAAAGUUACCGGCCAUCCAAAACCAGAAAUUUGCUGGUUUAAAGACGAUGAACCGAUCUCACCCAAUCCCCAUUGUGGUUUCAUAAGUGAACCUGAUGGAACCAUAGGUUUGAUGUUUGACCAUUGUAACGGCGACGAUGCUGGUCGUUACAAAGCUAUUGCGACAAAUAGCUCAGGGGAGGUGAUAACUACCGGCAAGCUGACAGUCGAUAAACCCACCAUGAAGCCCUCUUUCUCAGCUGAUUUAUCACCAGUUGAUGUAGCUGAGGGUCAACCUCUUGUUUUAACCGGAGUAGUUGAUGGACAUCCACCUCCGAAUAUAAAAUGGUUGAAAGAUGGCGAAGAAAUCAAACCUAAUUCGAGAAUCACUAUGAGUCAAAGUCCCGAUGGAACUGUUACUCUUUCAAUCAACUCUGCUUCGCCUGAUGACGAAGGUAAAUACACUGUGGCUGCAGCUAAUGAUGAAGGAAGAGUUCGAUCAAGUGCUCCAGUUUCCGUUCGUCGAUUGUCCCGAUCUUUAUCCAAACCAUCUUUCGACGAAGGUCUCAAACCAACGACACUUAAAGCCGGUGAACCAACAACACUUUCUGUCGCUGUUUCUGGUGAACCCUCACCCGAAGUUAAAUGGUUGAAAGAUGGACACCCAAUCGAACCUGAUGAUCGUCACCACUUUACAGACAAACCACCGAACACCAAAUGCUUAACUAUUGAUGAUGUAAAACCAGAAGAUGCUGGUAAUUACUCAGUAGUUGCUGGAAACGAUUUAGGAGAGGAUAAAACAUCAGCACCGAUUAAAGUUAAUCAGUCUCCUAGAUUUGUAAAACCUUUGGACGGAAAUAUCGAAGCGGUUGAUGGAUUUCCUAUUAAAUUGGAGGUAAAAACCGAAGGUGAACCGAAACCCGAACUUACUUGGUUCAAAGACGGUGAAACAAUUAUUCCGGACGGUGAUCGACUUCGGAUAAUAAAUGAACCCGAUGGAGUUUCCUCAUUAAUAAUAACUAAAACAUUACCUAAUGAUAAAGGUCAUUACUCGUGUGCGGCGGUCAAUCCACUUGGAACCAAUAAAACCGAAGGUGAUGUUUCAGUUGGUCCAACCAAGAAAAACGACCAGGCUGAAUCAAUACCUCGAUUGAUUAAGAAUCUUUCAGAUUGUGAGGUCGAUGAAGGAAAGACAAUGAAAUUCGAGGCUCAUAUUGAAGGAAAUCCAAUCAAUGAGGUCAAGUGGUUCCGUAAUGGUGAACCUUUGACCAUAGGGUCGAAUAUCGUUCCAUACUUUGAUGGUAAACGCGCUGGUCUUGAGAUACGUAAUUGUGGACCAAUGGAUCAAGGUGAUUAUGAAGUUAAACUUGGAAACUCAUUAGGAACAAUUUCCUCGAAAAGUCGAGGAAUCGUUAGAUCUCGUGAUCCUCCAAAAUUCACCCAGAAACUGAUUGAUUCGACUUUCGGUACCAAAUCUCCGAUCUCAUUAAACUGCAGUGUCUCUGGUAAUCCUGAACCAGAGGUUCAGUGGUAUCAUAAUGGUAAAUUAAUCGAACCUGGACUAAAAUAUCAGCUGAAACGAGAAUCAAAUCUUCUCAGUUUAAUCAUCAAUAAUCCAACAUCCAACGAUGGUGGUACCAUUGAGUGUCGAGCGACAAAUCCAGUCGGCUCAGACUCAACUCGUUGCUCAAUUAAAGUCAGUGAUCGAUCUACUAAAGAGGAACCUGCAGCAUUUAUAAAACGAUUCAAUGAGUACGAAUGCACCGAAGGUCAAAGCGCCAAGUUCACAGCCUGUAUUGUCGGUAAUCCUAAGCCAGAACUCAAAUGGUUUAAAGACGGCAAAGAUUUUGAACCAACUUCUCGGCACUUGAUCGAUGUCGAGACCAACGGAAUCGUGAGAUUAACUAUUAGAAAUGUCGAACCAGCUGAUGUUGGAGAAUAUCAAUUAUUCAUUUCCAAUCCUCAUGGGAACGAUUCAUCUUCAGCAAAACUUACAAUUGAUAAUAUGGAUAAGAAAUAUCGUCGUCGAAGUAUGGAUGUUGGUAAAGAACUUAGCAAACGAAGUGGCCUGCCUUCUGGGCUUCUCGAAAAGCCAAGAAUCAUAAGAAUGUGGGACACUGGAAUUUCACUCGGCUGGAAACCCGCGAUUCCCUCAUAUUCCGGAAUUCCUGUAACAUACACUUUAGAUUGGUGUAAACACCCAUAUAGCGAUUCAGAUUGGAAACCCUAUCGAACUGGAAUCUUAGAUAAUCGAUGUGAUAUCCGAAAUUUAGAACCAGGUCAAGAUUACAGUUUCCGUGUUCGAGUUGAAAAUAAACUCGGCGUUUCCGAUCCAUCACCAGUCGUAACUGCUUUCAGAAGUAAACUUAUCGAUCCUGAUGCUAAACCUAAAGACUAUGAGAUUGAAAGACCACCGAUUGAUAAAAUUGCCUGUGCUCCACGAUGGUUGAGAAAAGAGGACGAUGAAAUGUAUGGAAUCAGAGGUCGACCUGUAACUAUUAUAUUCUGGGUCUAUGGUUAUCCUGAGCCAGAUAUAAAGUGGUUCUUUAAUGACAUUGAGAUACAAAUUGGAACUGGUAAUUAUGAUGUUAUGAAGGAUAGAAACGGAAAGGUUUGUCUAUUCAUCAAUCGAAUGACCGAAAAGGAUGUUGGUACUUAUUCUUGUCAUGCAACUAACGAACAUGGUGAAGCAUGGAAGAAGAUUAAAUUACUACAAGCAGAACCUCCAUCUUUUAUAUUGCGACUUAAGGAAACAACGGGAAUGGCUUAUAAGUCCACACGAAUGGAGUGUAAAGUCACAGGAAUCCCAAUGCCGACAGUUAAAUGGUUCAAGGAUUGGCUGCCAAUCCAUGAUUCAGAUCGAACUAAAAUCUUAUGGGAAGAGUCCGAAAACCGAUCAACAUUGUUCAUAAAUUCAACCAUCUCGAGAGACGCUGGUCUUUAUUCAGUGACCGCGACAAACGUUGUCGGUUCAGCUUCUUGUUCAGCCAAUUUAGCGAUCGAAGACGAUGAAAUCUUAUUCAAUUGGGCUAAUUAUAUACCGAGAGUUAUUCGACCUCGUAAAAAAGCACUAGAAGACUAUUAUGAUCUCGGCGAUGAGCUUGGCCGUGGAACCCAAGGUGUAACCUAUCACGCUGUGGAAAGAGCGAGCGGCAAUAAUUAUGCGAUCAAAAUGAUGCACGGGAAAGAAGAUACAAAACCUUUCAUGGAUCGAGAAUUAGAAAUGAUGAAUCAAUUUUUCCACCCGAAAUUGGUUCGACUUUGGGAUGCUUUCGACCAUAAAGAGACACUGGCGCUUAUCACUGAUAUUUGCGGUGGUGGCGAACUUCUUGAAGCGAUCGUUGGAAGAGGCCAAUUAACAGAAAAAGAAAUCGCAAAUUAUAUUCGCCAAAUUUUAGAAGGACUUAAUCAUAUGCAUGGUCGAGAAAUCGGACAUUUCGGAUUAACAAUUGGUGAUAUUUUAUUAGAACGUAUCGACGGUGAAGAUGUUAAGAUCGCCGAUUUCAGUCUUUCUCGUCGUCUCAUCCCUGGUAAAUCGGUAAUUCUUGAAUACGGUCAUCCCGAAUUCGUUGCUCCUGAAAUUGUAAAUAAACAGCCAAUCAGCCUCGCCGCCGAUCUCUGGAGUGUUGGUGUUUUAACUUAUAUUUUAUUGACUGGAAUCUCACCUUUCUUGGGGCAAAAUGACCGAGAGACAUUGAGCCGAUUGAAAGAGGGCAAGAUCAGCUUUUCUCAUGAGACUUUUGUCCAUGUCUCAGAGGAUGCUAAGGAUUUCCUUUCCAAGUUAUUGAUCAUCGACCCAACUAAACGAUUGGAUGUAAAAAAAGCGCUUGAACAUAGAUGGAUCUCAGGUGAUUCGAUCAAUCAUAGAGAAGACAAAUUACCUUGUAUAGAUGCUUUGAAAGAGUACCUCAAAAAAUGGAGAGAUUGGUACAAAAAUGCUUCGUGCAGAAAAUACUAUCGUCGUAAUCCGCUGGAUUACUGCUUUGAACAUCCAAGUAAAAUGAUCUAUCCUCCCGAUGAACCCUACAAACCCUCAGAGCCUCCAGUUGUUGACCACAAGCCCAAGUUCAAACCAAGCGAAAUGGACGAUUCAGUUUCACCAAGACCAGGAUACGAUCCAGCAAACUUCACGUCCGAAAGCCAAUACCAAUCUGGACCGGACACUUACCUAUUACCACAUCGUGAUGUUGACUUUCCACUUCGUAUUCGGGAAUACCUUCGAGUUGGAGCCAGUCGAAGUCCAAGUUUAGCGAAUAGCCUUCGUUCAUCUCAUUGGGGGGACACUAAUCUUGGAAUUGGUCAACGUUGUUCUCCUCAGGUUGCAGUUCGUGAACGUCGUCGUUUCGUUGAGGUAAUGGACGAAGAAAUUGAAGAUGAACGUAAAGGUUUAGAUACUCGAACCGUCCCGAUGAGGUUACAGCACGAAAUUGGUACUCCUGGUUACGCUUAUGGUCAAAUUCACCAGUUGAAACAAGAAGCUGCUCUUCAUUUGGGUCGAGAUGUUUCCGUGAAAAUAGUACCACCAUUUUUCCGUGAAAAGAUCAAAGAUGUUGUUGUUACCGAAGGUUCAAUUGGUCUUUUCAGCUGUUUCGCUGUUGGUGAACCUAAACCGACGUACACUUGGUUCCGUAAUGAUGGAAUCAUCAUUGAAUCACCUCGAAUUAGUGUGAAACAAUUGUCUUCAGGUCGAGUAGAGUUAACUAUCAAUCCAGUUCAUGCAUAUGAUGCUGGAUGCUACAAAUGUGUUGCUCGCAAUGAACAUGGUGCAAUUUUCUGUCGCGCUCGUCUGCGAAUUGGAACCGCACCAGAGAAACCUGAGCCCCCCGAGGUUCGAGGCACAUCAGCUACCGAAGCUUAUCUGGUCUGGUCUCAACCUAAAGGAUUAGGAAAUUCAUGGAUAACAUCCUACUCAUUAGAAUAUUCAAUUCAUGGAACCAAUGAAUGGAAUAUACUAGUUGAUAGAUUAUCUCAAGAAUUUUAUCUUGUUCGAAAUUUAUCUCCAGGAACAAGUUAUACUUUCAGAGUGAAAGCGAAAAAUAAAUUCGGUUGGUCUGAAUUCUCAGAACCCUCUGAACCCUCAACAACGGCACCCGUUGGCUCUGAUGUUCGAAUAUCUUUACCUAGAGGUCAAAAGGAAAAACUUCUCAUUGGUGAAACUCUGACCGAAGCUAAAUGGGAAGAACUUGCUGCCCCUGAUCUUGACUAUUCUCGAGAACGACAACCGAUAGAAAUGAAACAAGGAAUAGAACCCACAGCUCUUUAUCACACAUCAUCCGAUGAGAUUGCUCGAGGUCACUUUUCAGUAAUCAUUAAAGCUGCGUGUAAGGAAACGGAAAAACCUUUAGCCCUUAAAAUCUGUCUAGUUGAAAAUCAAGCAUCUUCUGGAAUCAUGAAUGAAUACGAAAUGUUAAAAUCUUUAUGUCAUGAAAGGAUCGUUAGUCUUUACUCCGCUACCUGUGGGUCUGAUACAAUCGCUUUGGGAAUGGAAAGACUCUCAGGGGUCGAUGUGCUCACUUACUUAUCUCAAUCGACAGUUUAUUCUGAAGAUACAGUCACUAGAAUAAUUCAACAAGUUCUCGAUGGAAUUGAGUAUCUACAUUUCCAGGGAAUUUGUAUGCUCGAAUUACAGCCCGAUAAUAUCGUUCUCAUUAACAACCAUUUCCCGAACAUAAAGUUAAUCGACUUUGCCAAUGCUCGACACGUCCCACCAAAUGGAACCAAAGUUACAAUAAAAGGAUCACCUGAAUAUUUAGCUCCUGAGAUAAUCAAACGAGAAGAAGUGUCAACAGCAACUGACAUUUGGUGUGUCGGUAUAUUGGCCUACAUCCUUCUGAGCGGUGCAUCGCCAUUUAAAGGUGAAACGGAAGAGGAAACGAUCGAGAACGUUUCAUAUGUUAGAUACCAUUUCGAUCAUUUGUAUAAAGAGGUUACUCAAGAAGCCAUUCGUUUCCUUAUGUUAGUCUUUAAACGAUCUCCAUCAAAACGACCCACGAUCGAGGAAUGUUCAGAUCACAAAUGGUUAAUGCCAAAUGAAUACGCGGUUAGGAAACGAGAAUCGACUCUUUUCUCGUCAAACAAAUUGGCUCAGUUCAAUGAGAAUUUACGCUCAGAUAAAUCAUGUUCAACUCCUGAUAAAUUGCUCAAAAUUCUGGGAAUAUCUUAAGAUCAUCACCCGCUGGCUACCAAAGAAGGAAGGAAAAUCUUUGUAAACAUUUGAAAAAGUAAUGGUUUAACAAUUAACGAUAAUUUAUCACAGAGUCCAAAUUAUCGUGUUAACCAUGAUUGUUAAUUAUUGUUAUUUCGUCAUCUUUUUAUUGAAACUUCAUUAUCAGAAUUCAUGUAAACAUUUGAUUAUUGGUUUGUCUUCAACCGAUAAGAUUAAAAUUACGUUAAACUUG